AUGUGGAAAGCUGAGCAACAACAAGAAUAUAUAAAUGAGGAUAUAGUGGAUGAUGAGGAUGAUAUGUCUUCAUCUAUUUCCUCACCCAGUAUACCAGAUGAGAACAUCAAUUUUGAUCUUGUUUAUGCUCUUCAUACCUUUGUAGCUACUGUAGAAGGACAAGCUUCGGUUGUAAAAGGGGAUGCACUUAUCCUUAUGGAAGAUACCAAUAUUUAUUGGUGGUUAGUGGAGGUACUGAAGACAAAAGAAGUUGGUUAUAUUCCAGCAGAGAAUAUUGAAACACCCUAUGAAAGAUUGGCUCGGUUAAAUAAACACCGAAAUAUUGAGAUUACUUCACCUUCAAUUCAGGAUAUUGCACCUUUACCACUUUCUUCGAAUUCAACUCGUCGUGUGACUAUUGGGGAAAAUGCGAAACAAAUCUUUCAUUAUGAAGUUGAAUCUGACAUUGAAGACCUACAAGAUGAACUUGCUUUAGAUGAAGAAUUGAUUGAACAAGUUCAUGAUCAACAACAACAGACAGAAAACGAAAUGACAAUAGAGGAAGAAGAAUGGCAUGAAAAAAAAUGGGAGGAAGAAAUAUCAAACAAACUAGUGAAAUCAACUUCUUCAACAUCGUUAACAGGAUCAAUAACAGCAACCACAACGAUGGAUGAAAUGGACCUUCGCGUCUUUGCUGGUAACAUUGGACAGGGACCCCUUUUCCACACCUUUACCAUUUCACCCUCUACCACUGCGGAUGAAGUGAUCAAGAUAGCAGUAGAAAGAUUUGAAAUAACGACAGAGGAUACAGCCAUCGAAUAUUAUCUUGCUGUGCAAGGUAUGGAUGGAGAUGAAUAUAUUCUUUCAGUACAAGAUAAACCAUUUUCCAUCUUCAGGACCUUGACAGAUUCACUUACGACACCUAUGCCAUCCUUAUCACAUAUUCGUCGUGUCUCGCAACAAUCUAUUUCCUCUCUGACACGACCUCGUUCAAGUAGUUUUAAUGAACAAACCUCGUUUGAUGAAGAUUCCGUCAUUCGUUUCUAUUUACAUCGACGUAUUAAAAGAGCUCAUGAGCGUGAGGGAUUAGUCUAUAUUAAGGUCUCCUUCUUUAACGUUCAGCAACCACAAAUGCUGGAAAUUGAUCGUAUGGAUAAAGUGAUUGCAGUACAAAGAGAAUCACCGAUUGGUGCGGUGAUUAAUUUAGCACUAAAAAAGUUUCAUGUACCUGAUGGACAAGCUGAUGCUUAUAGUAAGUUAGAUCCAUUACUUGGAAAAUAUAAAAUGUCUGUACGAGGCAAUGGCAAAGAAAUUGAAUUAAAUCCAUAUGUGCUUAUAUCUGAUGUUUUAUUGGAUCAACAAUCUUCUUCACCUAAUCAUGUUGGCCCUAUCACGAGCGAUCUUUUAUUUAUCUUACGUAAAGCAAUUUCAACACAAAAAAGGAAAUCUCAAAAGGAAAGACAUAAUAAUAAAAAAUUAGAUGGAAAAGACGAUCUAUGUCUCCCUACACCAUUACUUACAACUUCAUCAGAAGGUCGUUUAAGAAGACCUAGUAUUUUAGAUAUCUUGAUGGAUAACAGUCCCGGACCUUUAACAGAACGUAGACCAAGUGCCAUGUCUAAUUUAUUAUUGGUUGACGACAACAGCAGGAGACAAACGAGUUCGAUUACAAAGCAACAAAAUUCACCUUCAACGACAACAACAACUUCUUCUUCCUCUUCUUCUUCUCUUUUACCUUCUAAUUCUUCAAUUAAACCACGAAAACCUUCUUCUUCACAAACAAGUUCCUCUUCUUUACUAGAACAAGAUAUGAGAAUAGCCGAGAAAAAGAAGGAAAGUUUAAAGCAACAAUUAAAACGUUUAGUAGGCUGGGGUUCUUCAUCUACAAAAGUAAAACAUCAACAAGAUCUUGUCACUAUUCAUACUUCUCCAACACCAGCACCACACGUAUCAACAUCACCACCACCACCACCACCACCACCACCAUUACCAUCUCAUCAUCAAGAAAAUAGCCAUCAACAUACUUCCUCUGCAAUGCUGGCUAUCGAUUCGAAUCCUAUUUCAAAAAUAUCAUCUAUUUCUUCAAGUGGCGGUUCAUCUACCUCUUCUGUUACAUCACAAGAAAUUGCUGCUGUUGUCACUGCUGUUUCUACUGAUAUGAUAACAACUGCUACUUCAUCAGGAUUGUUAGUCAUGAAGGUAGAAGAAGAAGAAGAAGAUGAAAUGGAUGAAGAGGAUGAUAAGGAGAAAAAGAUGAAUAUGAGUAUAUUGACAACAUCUGAGCAACAACAAGAUGUAUCAACAGUGGAUAUAAAAGCGCAAUAUACAAUGUGGAUGAAUAGUCAAGAACAGCAACAGCAAGAUGGUUCAGCCUUUAAAAAGCCCUUACCAUCUCCCAUUCAAAAUAGAAAUAGACUUAAUAAUUCAUCUUUACCCACUUUGACAACUUGUACUACUAACCCUUCUAUUGCCUCUACUACGAUGACUACGACGACUACAACGACGACGACGACGACGACGACGACGACUACUCCAAAUCCAACUCCGACUUCGAUGCUAGCUGAAGACAAAUCGAAUAAAGUCCUCGCUGGUGGCAAUGAUGAAGAUGAUCUCUUUAUCUUGGUUACUCAUGGUGUUGAUUUCUUAACAUUACGUGAGAAUACAAAAUGGGAAGAAGACGGUGGUUAUGAUUUUCACCCUUGGAAUCGACCCCAAAGUUCUUUUGCAGCCGUUAAAUCUCAACAACAGGAGAUACAUGAUAGUAAUGAACAAGUAUUAAAAUCAUUAUUGUUGGGUUCAACUACCUCAGGAGAAAAUCAAACAGAAAUAAGAGAAGAAGAAGUAGUAAUGGUUUCAGUAGAAACAGAAGGAGAAGAAGAAAGAGGAGGAGAAGAAAAAGAAGAAGAAGAAGAAGAACAAGUCAUGAUUGAAGCUGAACAAGAAGAAACAAAACUCAUUUCACCACCAUUAACUCCCUUACAACAAGAAGAGGUUCAGCAACAUUCAGGUUCCAUUGCUAAACAUGUUUUAUGUGCCAAAGUUGAACAACAACAACAACAACAACAACAACAUGAAUCAUUAGAUGAUGAGGAAUUACAUCGUAUUGUUGCAGCUCAUAUUGUGUUUUAA